AUGUCAUCUACACAAGGACGGGCCUAUGUACAGUCAACAACUCAAUCCUCUGCACAGGUCCGAUGUAAGCUCUGUCAGAGAUCAUUUUCUGCUCGUAGCAUCAAGUCACACGAGGGGAGCUGUUCACGCAAGCGGGAGAAGAAACGGCGCGACAAGGAGUUUGCUGAUAUUGCAGCUCAGGUAGUUGAGGCCCAAAGGAAAGAACAUCGAAAGGAUAAACGACACCUCCGAAAUGGACACAAGGUAGCUGUGGCUGACACUACUGGACCUUCACAGCCAGUGGAUGAUCAGCAUGCCAAUUAUGACAUAGAAAAUGUCGAAGGUGCCGACGACAACGCGUUUGGUGACGUGGAGGAUGGUGUUAUGAGCAUUGGGGGGGAUUCCUGUCUACGAUCGGGCUCAGACACAAGCAUGUUGACAAGCAGGUCUGCGGUAGCAACUGCAGUCCCUAUCGCUUGUGAUACAUUCAAAACUGAAUAUCACCUAAACAGUGGACGUGCCCCUGCCAUUGAGACCUUUUCCACCUUUGGACACCCUGUUGAGGCAGAGGCCAGUUCCACGCCCAUCGUCGACAACACACCUUGGCAACCCUUUACAUGCCGCGCAGAUUUCGAAUUCGCAGAACUUGCCCACCAAGCGGCACUCAAUAAGGAUCAAACCGACAAAAUGCUGCAGUUGAUAUGGCAGAUUGCUGAGGGACAAGCGAAGUUUAUGUUCAGAUCUCACACUGAAGUGUCGAAGGCCUGGGAUCGAGCAGCCACUCAAAUGACGACUUUCGAGAAGCACGUCAUCUCCGUCCCUUACAAGAAGGAGGAAAUCGAAUUCGACGUACAUACACGGCCGCUGUGGGAUUGGGCUAUGGACUUGUUGCAAGAUCCCCUGUUGGCACCGCACUUCGUUUGGGACGCGCAACGUUUGUACAAGCACGAUGGUACUGACUUUAAACGGUUUAUUCACGAGCCUUGGACCGCAGAUCGGUGGUGGCGAAUUCAAUCAUCGUUGCCGAACAACGGUGUUCCAUUCGCCUUCAUCCUCUACGCCGACAAAACACAUCUCACUUCAUCUGGGCACGUGAAGGCAUACCCAGUGAUAGCUCGUUGCGCAAAUCUUCCCGUUCACAUAAGAAACAGUGACGGAAUUGGAGGAGGUCGUGUGGUGGGCUGGCUGCCGAUUGUUCCUACAGAUUCCAAUGAAGAUGGAAAACUCAAUUACACGAACAUGAAACGCGUUGUCUGGCAUAAGGCGUUCAUCAAGUUGUUGGAAUCCAUCAUCCUGUACUCCAAAACAGGCUUUGCGCACAGAUGCUUUGACGCCAUCAUGCGAUGGCUAUACCCACUAAUCCUACUUCUGUCCGCAGAUUAUGAAGAACAAUGCGUGAUGGCAUUAAUUCGCGGGCUACAUUCAAAUUGUCCCUGCCCUGUCUGUUGUAUUCCCUCGACGAAACUUUCUGACCUCAACGCAACAUAUCCUACUCGAACUGUCGAAGACGCAAAAGCUUUUUUAGAGCUGUAUUUGAGGGACCGCAUUGCUGGGGCAGAAGUCCUGAAGGUGCAUGGUUUACGCCCCAUUGCGAAUGCGCUCUGGGAAGUCAACAACUCCGAUCCUCAUGAGACGCUCUCAUUCGAUCCCUUACAUGUCAAUGACAUUGGUAACUGGGGCAACCACCUUUUCGGGGAGCUCAAAGUCUGUGCAAAGGCACUUGGUCGUGAGGCCGAGGCGAAAAUCGAUAAACAGUUCGAAGCGUUUCCAAGAUGGCGUGACUUGAAUCAUUUCAAGUCCGUCAUGACAAUAUCAUUUAGCGAUGGCAACAAACUCAGAGAUAUUGCGAAGCAAAUGCUGUACUCAGCACAAAAUGUGUUGAAGCGCAGUGAAGAUCCUGUUGGCUAUGCCCUAAUGCAGUGUAUAGGUAGCUACCUGCGACUGACUAUGUACAUAGCGCUCGAUGUGCAUACCGAAGCAACACUCACUGCUGGCGAAGCAGAGCUUCGAGUAUUCGGGACAUGCUUACAUGCAUAUAUCGACAUCCAGGGCGAAGAUUUGACGAAGAACUGGAAUUUCCCUAAGGUGCAUGCUCUGACACAUGCUUUCCCCGACAUUCGUGCGAAAGGAGCGGUCCGCAACUUCAGUACUCGACCGAACGAGAAACAACAUGGACCAUUGAAGCGAGCAUAUUUACGCCAAACAAACCGCAAGGAUGUUGCCAAUCAGGUGCACAAUUGUCCCUUAAUUAAAACUGCCCGCAACACCAACACCAACACACAGGUCCUCAAGCUUGAUCACAUCAGUCUGGUCUCCGAACUAAUCUGCAGUCGUAUUUCCUACCUCGAUGAAGAUCGGCACAAACGCACAAUGUCACAGGGACAACUUGAAGACGAGGAUACACUAGACGAUCAACCAUUCGCAGGCCAUCUUCAUAUUGGCGCUCCUCAAGUUCCUGUCACUCUCGCUGCAGUGGAGGAAGGCAACACAUCUAACCGUGCCUUCCAGGAUUUCCGAAAGAAAUUCACCAAGUUUCUCAACACUUUCGUUGCAUCAAACGAUAUUCCUUUGGCCGAUGGUGUUACAUGGUUGCGGCCUACAGCUAACGACAAGCUCCAAGAACAUCGCUACCUCAAAGUAAACUAUGAGUCUAUUGUCGACUGGAAACUGACUACUGACUACCUCCGAUGUAAUCUGAACUUCCAUGGGUGCGAACGUCGUGAUUGUGCCUUGAUCCGCACUCUAGACAAGGAUGGGAUCGACAAGUGCAUCUUUGUUCGGCUAUUGUUCAUGUUCAAGUUCACGGUCAGCAAUCACACUUUCGAACUCGCAUUAGUCCUACCCAUGGAUGCUCCCACUGGUUCCAGAGGUGGUGUGGAUCGUGAUCUGGGGCUGACUCGCCUUCGCACACGACCUCUAGCCUCCUCGGAAUUUAUUUCUCUGCAGUCUAUCGUUCGCGGCGCCUUACUUGUGCCAGAUCAUGAUCAUGAUCGUGAUUUCUUUCUUGUCGAUCUCGUUGACACGGACAUGUUCCUCCGUGCGAAACUUUUGAGGUCCUUCUAG